AUGCUGUAUGGUAAUGAAUUCAGUUUUUGGAGUAGUCUUCUCUUCUUGUACUUAUCACCAGAAUUGAAACAUCGUGUUAGGGGAUGUUUAACUUCGAAAUCAAAGUAUGCUGCUACUUACGAGAAAGAAAUAAAGCCUAUUGAUUGUUGGCUAUUUUCUCUCAUUGCCUUGACUGAGAAUGUUCCUUUUGUGGAGCAUUGGAGGGAAGUCGUUAAACUGAUUGAGAAAUUUGUUCCUGAGAGGGAUGAUUCUGCUGGCAGAAGAGCUCCACAGGAGAUCAUGCUAUCAUAUGUGAAGCAAGCAGUUUUGCGCCUCUUUAGGGACAAUAAUGUUUCAUUCUCUACCGCUGAUGGUCAAAUAAAUUUCGAGAAGAAUAUGGGGAAUGUGAAGUCCUAUGCUCAAUUGAAGAAUUUUUUUGGGACGUCCCUUGGGGGAGGGAAGUGA